AUGAGAGCGCUACUUUCCCGCUACUCCGUGCAACCAGAACGAGACUCUUUCCCCACUAAGACUAAAAAUCAUUUCUUCGGCGUUUUUCUUUUAUAUCUCUCGACUUCUUUUCGCAACAACCCAUUCAAACCACUUAUUAUUAUCUCUUUUUCUUCCUUUUUCCAAAUCUCUAUCUCACGCUAUCUCUCUCCCUCUCUCUUUCUCUUUCUCUCUCUCUCAAUCUUUUUUUAUCACACACACACGUACACAAGCAUUCUUUCUCCUUCCUUCAUUCUUAUUUUCAGUUUGUCUUUUCCAAUAAGUUUAUAUCUGUUUUUCUUUCUUCUUUUUCUCUCUUUGAUGUUUUUUUUACUGUCUCUAUUUUGCUCGCCAACGAGAAAGUAUUGCAAUUUUUUCUUUGCGAAACUCGUAAACACAUUUCUCGCCAUAUUUUUUUAUUGCCAUUGUUUUUACUUGCUACCGGCCCGUGAUGACGUUUGCCAUCGUAAAAACUGGCACUUCUCUCCUCAACCACUGGAAUUAUUUUCAUAG